AUGAAAAAUGACAAGUACUCAAAGUGUUUCCCAAAGGAUUACCAAAUAGUUGACAAUGAAGCAAAGUACAAGCAGCGAGAUAUUGGUUUGUUUGUUUUGAAAAAAGGAAUCAAUUUGGACAAUAGGUUUGUAGUUCCAUACAAUCCAUAUUUGUUGAUGAGAUAUCAAGCACAUGUCAGUGUUGAGUGUUGCAACAAGGGAAACUCAAUAAAGUAUUUGUUUAAAUAUGUUAAUAAAGGACUAGAUAGAGCCACAAUAGAGAUUUCAAACCAAACUAAAAAUGGCCAGGUACUAGAUGAGAUAAAAGAGUACUAUGAGUGCAGAUAUUUGGCCCUGUGCGAGGCUAUUUGGAGGACUUUUGAGUAUGACAUCCCUCAAAGGUGGCCUCUUGUUAUAUGGCUUUCAUUUCACAUUGAAAAUGAGUAG